AUGAAAGAUCAUGAUGUUGAUAAAGUAGUAUUCAGUAAAGUACUAAAGAAUAGAUACUUGUUACAAAAGAUAUUAAGAUUAGUACAACAAAAUAAUCAUAGACAACAAUUAAAAUCAUUAAGAUACAAUGAAAUAAGCUUCAACUUGCAAUGGGUACUAGAGAAUGGGUAUUAUAGAGACGGUCAACUAUUACAGAUGAUCAUUGAUCGAGACGAGUUCAAAUAUAUGUGUCAUCAUGUAAAACCUAAAACAAUGAAAUGGUUCUUUACAAAGAUCAAAGAUCGACAAUUGCUACUGUCAAUCUAUCGUCAACACCCUCUUCUCUUUUGUAUGGAUAAUACUAUAUCUAGUGCAUGUCAAAGAGGUGAUUUGGAGAUUGUAAAGAUGUUGCUCAAACAAACACAACCAAUCAAACUACCACCAAUCAAUGCAAAGGAUAUAUCAUGUGCAACUAAAUCAAAUUCUCUUGUAUUGGUAAAAUACAUGUUUGGACAAAUCAAAGAUCCGUCUACUCUGAAAAUGAUUACAUGUAAAACAAAUAAUCGAGAAAUACUAGAGUACAUAUUAGAGAAACAUAAACAAGGAGGUUAUUUAAUUUCAAUCAAUGUAGAUCCUCUACUUGGAUUUGAUCAUGUAGAGUUUACUCGGUCAAACAACCAACAACAAUUAUUACUAGAUUGGGUCAUACAAAGUGGAAUGAAAUGUAUUUGGAAUUACAACAAAAAAAUUAACAACAAAUUAUUCUCCAAGAUAACCAAAGAGAUUAAUCAAGCUGCCAACAACAACAACAACAACAACAACAACAACAACAACAACAACAACAACAACAACAACAACAACAACAACAACAACAACAACAACAACAACAACUCAACAAGUGCAAUAGUGGAAUACUUGGGGAAUAGUAAAAUACCAUUUAAAUAUAUUUGGACAACGAUUGAAAAGCUGUUCAAUGCAAAAAUAAUCGCAGUUGGAGAGUCUGAUCAUCAGAGGUUUGAAAAGAUUGCAAGUCAACUCAACCAAUCGAUCAAUCAUUUAAAUGACCCACUCUACUAUCCAAUGCGUAUUCUAUUGACGUUUGAUAGAUCGUCAGUAGGAUUGGCGGCAUUGUUAGGGUACAUGGUUAAAAUAGAUCAUCCCUAUCUACCAACAUUAAAAUAUGAAAACUAUGACAUUAUCUGGAGUCAUGCUAUAGCCGAAACAGCUCCUCAAACUAUCGAACAACUCAAACUGUUUGAAACGAUUGGUGACAUUAGAAAAAUAGAUAAUAUUCAAGUAUGCGACUAUCACUAUAUCUAUGGUGCUUUUAGAAAGUCACGGUUGGAUACAAUGUCAAAAAUCCUAUUCGAUGCAAUCACUCAAUGCAACUAUGACCUUGUAAAACAUUUAACAAAGAAAUUGCAAGGUCAAGCACAAAGUCUUGGUAAUUGGUCAUUUAGUUUAAAUAACAAAGCAACAUUAAAAGAUUAUAUGGAUAUGACUAAACUAUUAGAUGGAGCUGGUUACUAUGCAACUAGUUUUACACUAGAGUGUAUGAAAACAAUGCCUCUUCAUCCAAUCGAACAUCUUACAGACUAUGUAUUAAAAUGUCUGUCUAAAAUACCAAUAGAAGAUGCAAUUCCUCUUACCUUUUAUUCUGAUGGUGAUUACUUGGUUAAAUCAUUACUGUCACAAAACAAUAUUAAUAAUAUAAAGAUAAAUUUGGAUAUGGUACUUAGACUUCAACCAUCAAUCGACUAUCUUGUAAGAUACAAUGAACCAGUUUUAAGAUCACUAUUAAAUGGUGAAUUAAAUGAAAUAUAUGGUGAUGGUAUCAUCAUCAUUGGUUCAAAAGGUCUAAUUAAAACAAUGGAAAGUUCAGUUGUAUUCAAAAAGAUUGGUCUAUUUAAAUACUUGUUGGACAUUUUAUUCCAGAGAUCAUUACAAGAUGAAAAUACUAGUCAAAAGGUAUUGGACAUGAUUUCUCAUUAUGGUGCAGUUGAAUUCAUGAAAGAGUAUAUUAUUCGAUUCAAAAUUGACCAACAAGAACUAUCAGAUAAUCAAAGGAAUCUAACUAGUGAAUACAGUCUAUCGCUGCUUAGAUUCUUGAUUGAACACACUGAAAUUGGAAAACAAGAUGGUAUUGUCCGAUACAGCGAAACUAAACAAUGUAACUAUCAAUUAGACUAUUCAAAAAAGGGUGAUGGACUACACCUAGAAUCUACAACACUAUCAUUCAUGGCAGGAUCAUCUCAAGCACAAUUACAUCUGAUCACCUAUCUAUUUGAAAUUGGUCGGUUAUUUAAUAAUCCAACUUGUUCACCCUAUCUAACCUUGUUUGCUGAUGGUAAAACAAAACAAUAUCUAGAGUAUUUGAAAUAUAAAUUAAAAAAAUAA